CAUAUAUUUCAUAGUAGUUUAUUGUAGAUUUUUGUAAGAAAGAUGGCUCCUUCAAAGUCUCAUUUUGUUGCUUUUCUCUUGAUCAUUUCUCUCAUUGUUAACGUUCAAUCUAUUCGAAUUACCGAUGAUUCAAGUGAUUGUACGUUUAAAGGACCAUGUCAUAGGAGAGAAGAUUGUUACAAAAGAUGUGGAGUGAAACCACCUUCUCAUGCUGCUUUGUGUGUACCUUACGGAGUUCAGGGACUUGUAUGUUGUUGCCUCUAAUAAUUUGUAGGAAACUGAA